GAUACAUAUAUAUAUAUGUUACAUAUUCUUUAAUCUUUAUAUUACCAAAAAAAUAUAUGGCUUCAUCAAAGUUUGCCUAUUACAUCCUAUUUCUUUUUCUAUCAUCAAUCUUAUUUGCUUUGCAAGUGAGUUCAACAUCUAGACAUGUUGUCAACAACCAUAAGGGGUUCAAGUUGAACUUAAAACAUGUUGAUUCAGGUGGGAAUUUCACAAAAUUUGAACGUUUACAACGCGCGAUGGCACGAGGGAAAUCAAGGUUACAAAGGUUAAGUCUAGUGGCUAAUUUUGCAACUUUAUCAUCAAAAGAUGAAACAAAUGAUGUAAAAUCAACAAUUCAUGCAGGAAAUGGUGAGUUUCUAAUGCAAAUAUCAAUUGGUAGUCCAAGUGAGUCUUAUAAUGCAAUAAUGGAUACUGGUAGUGAUUUAAUUUGGACUCAAUGUAAGCCUUGUAAAGAGUGUUUUGAUCAAUCUACACCAAUUUUUGAUCCAUCAAAAUCAUCAACUUUCGAAAAAAUUUCAUGUUCUAAUAAACUUUGUGAAGCAUUGCCAACGUCAUCUUGUGGUGAUAAUAAUUGUGAGUAUAUGUAUACAUAUGGUGAUUAUUCAUCAAGUGAAGGUUUUUUGGCUAGUGAAACAUUUACUUUUGGUAAAGUUUCAAUACCAAAUGUUGCAUUUGGAUGUGGAAAUGACAAUGAAGGUAGUGGAUUUAGUCAAGGUGCGGGCCUAGUGGGCCUUGGACGAGGUUCACUAUCACUAGUUUCUCAACUACACAUGUCCAGAUUCUCGUACUGUCUGACCUCGAUUAACGAGGAUGCUUAUACCAAGAGUAGCACGCUUCUCAUGGGAUCGAUGGCACAUGAUGAUUAUAACAAUAUUAUUACAACCCCAUUAGUGAAAAACCCAACACAACCGUCUUUUUAUUAUCUUUCAUUAAAAGGAAUAUCUGUUGGGGAUACUCAAUUGGCCAUCAAGAAAUCUACAUUUUCACUCAACAAAGAUGGCACUGGAGGAAUGAUAAUUGACUCUGGGACAACCAUAACAUACUUGGAAGAAAGUGCAUUUAGUCUUCUCAAGAAAGAGUUUUCUUCACAGGUAAACCUUCCGGUGGAUGAUUCAAGCUCAACAGGACUAGAUCUUUGUUUCAUAUUGCCAUCAAACACAAAUAACAUAGAAGUUCCAAAAUUGAUUUUUCAUUUUGAAGGUGCAGACAUGGAUUUGCCUGCAGAAAAUUAUAUGAUUGCUGAUUCAAGAAUGGGAAUUGCUUGUUUAGCUAUGGGAAGUUCAAGUGGAAUGUCAAUAUUUGGAAAUGUUCAACAACAAAAUAUGAUGGUCAUUCAUGAUCUUGAUAAAGAAACUUUAUCAUUUGUACCAACACAAUGUGAUAAACUCUAGAAGGAUUGUGUGUGCGCUUUCAGAGGCGGAGUUAGAAGUUCAGAUACGGAUUCAGGUUCAAUCGAACUCAAUAUAACUUCUAAUGCUCAAACAAUGUAUUUGUGUUGAAAAAUUCAUUAAUAUGUGCACAUAUUAAAAUCCUGAUAACAUUGAAAUCCUAGCUCCGCCUAUGUGCGCUUCAAAUUGUUCGUUUAUUUUUUCUCUUAUUUUCUUUGCUUUUCUUUACAAAUACCAUAUUAAUAGAAUCUUACAAUAUUUGAAUGUA